UUUAUUUCAUUAUUGUAUGUAAAAUAAAUGGAGAAAAAAAUCAAAACUGUAUUAUCCAGAGAGUUCAAAAUUAGUACAACUUGCACACAUGUUCAAGCCGAAGGGACUGUAUUUUGCAGACAGGGCACUUAGACUAGUCAGAUUGUGAUAAAGCUUAAUCAUGAUAAAGCUUGAUAAUCAUUUAUGCAUACACAUCACUUACAAACAGUAAAAAAUUCAUUACCCCAGUUAAGCGAAAGUACUUUUGUUUAUUUUAAUGUUGGUAGCUGCCAAAAGGGGUUAUACCUGCCAAAUGGUGUAAAUACAUACUGUUGGAAGCAGGUAAUACAGUCAUAAAUCAGAGUCUUAAGAUUGGCAUACCAGCCGACUUCCUCACAGAUAGUCUGUGAAUACUCAUGUAGAAGAUAAGUUCUUUCUUGGUAAGAGAUUAAAAUGUCCAUUCAUUAUACCUUUUCCUACCUGUGACUUUUCUGCCCUCAGUGCAUUGCCCGAGCCUCUGUUUGGUAUGCCUUCGGAUAGUUGUAUAGGGCUAAAGUGCGAAGUGCGUAUGCCAUGAAACAGUUAAAAAACCAGCCACUUUGGUCCCUGUUCACGAAGUGAAUAUUGGUCAGAGUGUCUGUCUAUGUAUGACUUUGGUUGUUGAGAAUUACCAACACAGAAAAUGAGUUAGCACCAAGCUAUGGGGAACGGGGAUAGGGUUGAAGGACACGAGGAUAUGCUCUUCUUGGUGUUUGGCCUGAACCUCUACACACAAUGCGCUGAUGAAAAAACCCAUGAAAUUCAAAUUUAAAUGGGCAGAGUCAUAAUUACAAAUGGCAAUAGCAAUGUUAAUUACAGCUUUCAAGAGAUUCAGGUGAAGAAGAUUAUAACAAACAAAAGAAGAUAGGCAAGAACAAGAAACCAGUAAUGAAAUAACCCCCAUGUUCCUUUUAUUAGAUCUAAAAAAAGAGAAAUCUAACUAGUCCCUUAUGUACGAGGGUAAUUCGGAAAAGUAAGGUCCGAUUCACGUUAACCAGACUAACAGUAAGCGAGCAGCGAAAUGCGCAUGCGCCCUGACUCUCGGCAUGCAUUGCGCGCAGAACGACGCCAUUUGCAGUGAAAUCGUUGUAGUCUGCUGUUUUCUGUGGCUUUUUAAAGUGUUUUAAAACUUUUGAACGUCCCGCCGACUGUGAAAUGCGGUCUGUGAUACGAUUUUUGACAGCAAAGAACGUUUCAGCAGCGGAUAUUCAUCGACAGAUAAAUGAAGUGUACGGUCCAAAUGCAAUGAAUGACAGCAAAGUGCGGAAGUGGGUGAGAGGUUUUAAAGAUGGACGGGAAAAUGUCCAUGACGAACCACGAUCUGGUCGGCCGUCAGUGAUCACCGAAGAUUUGGUGAAAGCCGUUGAUGAAAACAUUCGUGAAGAUCGGCGAUUCACUGUUUCUUCAUUAGCAAUAGAAUUUCCAAACGUGAGCACAUUGUUUAAAAUUGUUUCUGAAAUUUUGGAUUUUCGCAAAUUUUGCUCACAUGGGGUUCCCAGGUUGCUUACUGAGGAACACAAAAAAAGAAGAAUGGGUAUUGCUCUUGAGUUUUUGAUCCAAUAUCAUCAGGAAGGUGAUAACCUUUUAGACCACAUUGUGACGGGUGAUGAGACAUGGGUUUCCCACAUAACCCCAGAAACGAAACGCCAGUCGAUGGAGUGGCGUCACUCGACGUCACCGGUUAAAGUGGUUAACAAGACUGGUUAUCGUCGCAGGCGGCCGACUUCUAUGACACCGGGAUUCAAAAACUUGUAGAU